CAGCAGCAGCAGCAGACCUCGAGCCGCUGCUGCACCUACUCCAGGCCGAGGUACCUCUACCACCCCCGCGAGCGGGCCGAACAGGGGGACCAGGCACUCGCGAAGGUCUUCGAGGGGGAACAACGAGGAAGCGUCCGCGGCUGAUUCGGUUUCCCGGAGGCGAGGGCUCUUCUCCUCCAUCACGAACGCGUCCUCUGACGACAGACCAAGGCCUCAAUCCUCAUCGGUGCCCAGAAGUGGCCGUCGACAGCCGUGCGGCGACAACGGCAAGGGCAAGCCCAGCUACGACGACGUGUACCGCCUAUCCAUCGGCACCCUCGAACGAGCUCCGGCCGUGGGCAGCAGCAGCAGCAGCAGCAGCAGCAGCCAACAAAUCAGCAGCAGCAGCAGCAGCCAACAAAUCAACAUCAGUUCUUCAGCAUGGGCGGGGCAGAUGGGACGCCGGUGGUGGCCUGGAUCGGAAAGAUCGGCGUCGGAACGAGGAGCGGAGGGGCGCGCGGCCCAGCAAGCGAAGGAGGCCGGGCUGGUGUCCGCGGGCGGGGCAUCGACUAGAAGGUCGUCAGGCGGUGGUAGUUCCAGCCGCAGAGCUAGCAGCGGUGGUGUCGACGGUGAUAGCGGUGGUGGUGUAGGCACCCUGAGCAGCGGCGAUGGCAACAAUUCGUUUUUCGGUCACGGGGACGAAGCCGAAGAUGACGAGGACGAUAGUGACGACUGCGACGGGGCUACCUCCCAACGAAAACGGCUGCAGCACGGGUGCUGCCUUUGUGUCGGCGUGGCGUGGACGGCCGCGCUUCUCCUUUGCCUCGCAAGCGGGGGGUCCACCGCGUGGGGGCGCGGCGAGGCCUUGGAGGCGGCAGCCGCCUGCGCCUUGCUCGGGGCCGCGGUGCUCGCGGCGAUAGCGUUGUGCUUAGGGCUGCCGACGUGGUCGCGGAACGAAGACAUGGACAGCGAGUGGUGCUGCUGCUGGUUGUGGAGGAGGGGGGCCGACGAAACGGACGACGAGGGGGGUAAGCUGGCGCACGUCGGCGGGGUAACGUACCUGGCGAUCUAAUGGCUCAUCAUGCGAUCUUGUUCCACUCAACGCUUACACUCGGAAAGCGGGAAAGGUUGGACGUGCCGGUGCUUGGCGGGGCGCCGCCGUUUUCAAAAGGUUUUAGUUUGGUUUGGAAUGCGUGAAGCGCUUGGCGUUAAGGGCUACCGGUUGCAUUUGACAGCGGGGUUCGAAUCGCGCACAUCAUGUAAUACAGUUUUUUCCCACUAUCAGUUUGUGUUCUUUCAAUUGGAACAAAGAACACAACGUAUUGACGCUUCCGCAAAAGAGGGGCGUGUGUUGCCUAGAGCAGCUUGCGUCGGUUGACAAGUUCACUUUUCCUAACUAGGCGAAGUUUGUAGAUGUUGUUUCCCAUACGGGAUGCAACGUAACAUCUGUACGUGUUGGGCAUUGUGUCGUCGUCGUCUUGGAGCAGCCGUUACUUUCUUUCUCUUGUAGUGGUGUGGCAGGCUUUCCGGUAUCAAGCUGGAGUACGUAGCUGGAGGUGACACGGUCCUGAAGACGUUCAACGGGAGUGGGUAAGCUGGAGUUUUGCCUGUUUUGGCACCGUUUGCCACUCGUCGUGCACGUUGCAUGGAACACGGUACGGAGGCAAUGCCCCCUGACGGCCUGUCGAAGGUUCGGUACAUCACUUGACCGGUUGUUUAUUUGUGCACCAUUGUACGUGCGUUUUCCGCUUCAGCUCGGCGACUUCUUUAGACUAGAAUCUCUAGGCUUCUUUGGCACAAGGGGGCGAACGACCCGACAUUCUUCUACAUAGCAUGGGACGAACCGUGGCGUGGAUAUUUACAUAUUGCACAUACACCUGAAAUGUAAUGAUAUACUGAGGGAAAGAGUGGACGAAUGCCACCUGACACGGGUGGACCCAUGUUGGUCUUAGAUUUCGUGGGAGUUUCAUUGGAACAGCAUGGCUAUGUAUUGGGUGAUUACGUUCUUCACCUCUUGGCGUUUUUCGCUUUGAAUGGUUUGCGGGGACAUGUGCAAGGGUGAUUUGUGCUUUGUAGCGUCUGUUUUUUGUGUUUGCUCGAGGGCGGAGGCUUGAGCUCCCCCCCACGAUCGAAUCUCAGCGUUUGUUGUGACGUGUGCUGGAACGGUUCUGGACUUGCAUCCAUGUGCUGGGUAUGGUGUUUCGAAAAACAAAGGGUAUCUACGUGUGUGUGUGUACUAUUGUAGGGCGCCGAGCGAGGCGUUGGUUGACGUACACCCAUUGUUGACUUCGGAUGUCGUUGUCGUUGUUUUGGUCUUUGUCCGAGAGACAGACCAACUCACUGACUCUGCUGCUGUACUCUGUACCCCGGUUCGAGUUCCAUCUGUUGUUUCCCCUUAUUUCCUCUUGCGGAUGCUUGGGUUUAAGUCCGAAACGGCGCGGCAAGUAUUUCCAGCGCCUUCCGUGGUGCGAGAAGUAGUAGCAGACACAUAUGUUGCCGUCUGCCGUCCCAUGAUACAGUAGUUUUUUUGUGUCUGGAAUCGGAUUGUUCGCUAGUGCUACUGUAGCACGCACUCCUGGUUUUUGUUAUGGCAUUAUGGCAUAUUCUUCUCUAGACUGUACGCUUUUUUUGGGCUAGCUUGUCGCCACGGGCACUCGUUUGUUUGCACUCUCAAGGGCAGAGAGAGAGAGAGGAUCAACUCGAUUGUGAAGGUCAGGGAGGGAUGUUUUGAAUGUAUGACGGAAAUAACGACCACUCAACCAAGCCCACUCAUCAUGUUCAUCAUGUACAAUGUAGUUAUCGUGUUCUAUGCUCUUGUUUUCAAGUCCGCAGUGUUGACACGGUUCUCAAUCGACCACUGAGAGUGCGGCACCUGGUUUCCCUCUCGUAAGACUAGAACCUCGCGGUAAGGCAGACACCGCAGUGCUCCCGUUGAAGGAGCGGGGGGAAAAUGCGAGAACGAGGUCGCCGUGAGCGCCCCUCACGAAGACGGCGUGCCCAAACGACGUCAACGUUGGUCGCGAUUAACGAUUGAUGUUUUCGGUUUAAGGCAGUGCCUCAGCUGGUGGUUCGUUCCAGGGUGCAUGUGUGACCUGGAAAGCGUCCUGCUGUCUGCGGCCCUUGUUUUAAUCGCUAGGACGGGCGGACAGGGGUUUCAAAGCCACUCCGAUGUUGCAAGUUUAACCUGGCCGUGUCGCCCGCAACUACUUGAAUGCAUGACGGGGCGAUUUUUCGGAAGAGAUUCGCCACGAAAAGCAUGUGCGGGAGGGGAGGGCACCUACUUAUGUGAUAUGGGCCGAGGCUCAGAGUACCUGCACACGCGUUUGGCGGUUUCGCGUGUAGCACCCUCUCAAUUCCAGUGGGCACGAAAAAUGUUGCUGGCUGAAAGUGCGUCAGUGACGGAUAACAUAGACUAUUUCUAUGUCGUUGACAGGGACUGAAAGACGACGUUGCCGCCUGUGGAGGCCUGACGUAAAUACCUGCGAUUUGUUCACCUGCAGUGUUGACCCAAGAGUUCUGUACACAUCGAUUGUGAAGUGUACACAAGUGAAGGUGGCUUGAUCGGGUGCACCUACAAAGCACCUCAAGCACUUCACGUGACGUGCGCCAUCAUUUUCUUGCCCGAGAAAAAGUGGCGUGGUUAUUCCUGAAUCCCCGACGAACGAAACAUUUCUGAGACAGACGUUUUUGAAGGGGUGCUGUUACCACCCACACGUUACGCACAAGUUCAAAUGUAUUGCAAAUAUUAGUAUUUACCAGGCAGCCAAGGGGUAGCUUAGACUUGUGUGGGUUGGGUUUGUGUGGGAUAGUUUUGGUGGUGGGUCUUAUCCUACUUCCUGCAAUAUGAUUCGUCGGUAUGUUCACAAUACAAUGUAUACAUAGCUGUGCAUAUGUUUGUUGUUGUUGUUGUUGUUGUUUCUCACAUUAGCUCUAUAGGCUAGUAGCCCACAAAAAAUGGUGAGCCCGUGGUCUCAAAACCCGGCACAUACGACGCCGCGGGGAAACAAAACAAAAAUAGGGUACAAACCACUCGGAAAAAGAAAAUACGUGUGUCAGUGUCUCUCCCCCACUCUCUGCCGCCACCCACCACCCACAUUGUCUGGAAUGCGACAUACCAGAUAUAUAUAUAUAGAGUAAGGACGGGUAUUAAGGACCCCUUAAGGCACCCCCCACUUAGGCAGCUUGUUCUCUGGUUUCAAGAUGAUUCAUGAAGAGAUCAAGGUAUCAUACGAUAGCCUAUAACAUAGACUACAUGACAAAGAAAGAAAAAUUGAAAAAAGUGAAGUUGGCGAGUAUAGAUAGACCUUGAAGUAUACCUCACGUUCUAGGUAAAAUUUGGGUCAAAAGGAGGGGGGGGGGUAUUAAGGACCACUUUCCGGUAGUGGCCGGAUACGCACGUUCUAAAGCGUUCCACGACCUGAAAUUUGGUACACAGGCUCUUAGUAUGACGUAUGUUCGAUACAAAAACAAUAAAAUAAAAUGGUGCACACCCGGGGACAAAAUGCCCAUAUCCCCGGUUUUUCGGCCCAGUUUUGAGGAACGGAAUAUACCCCUUUUGGGUGGUACUGCGUGUUCUCUUGCCUUGAAACCAUGCAAACGUAGUAA